AAAAUCCCACACGGCUUUGACAAGGGCGAGAAACGGGCGUUGAUUAUUCCUACAUCGGUCACAUCGCCUACCACCCGUACGGCGCAGUACUUCACAGUACAUCGGUACGUUCUGCUCACUGUCGACGUCAACCAAAGUCCUCUGCCGUCGUCCUAGUACAAUUCAGCAUGGCGGUUCCUUGCCAACUGUAACGAUGAGGAGGAGUGGCUCCGCGAAAGUCAUCCGAAGAAUCUGUGGUCCUGAGGGGCUUGACAGGGUGCCACCUGUCGUGUGUGAAAGACGGCUGUUACGCUUACGAAAAGGGUAUCCGUCGCGUCCCAGGCGAUGCCGGAGGGUGACGCCCGACGGUUCGAUGGGCCCGGCGAUGGAAAAGGGGUGCCAAGACCUCGAGACGGCCAGUGACCGACGGCCAGAGCUUCCAGCGUUCAUUGAAUCAUGUCCUGCACCAGCUCUUGCAGCUCCCGCAUCACUCGCACGAGGACAUGCUCUCUCGCCCGAGUCUCGAUGGAUCGGGCCCGCCAGAUCCCAACGACGCUGUCAUCGGAAUCACACCAUGUCUUGUUGGCGACUCCUCCGACUGACCUGGGCGCCCAACAACCGCUGUGCGAGGUGUGCUCCAGGACCCUGUUCCUGCAGUAGCCUGCCGCCUCAUUGUCAUGCAGUGGGUCAACCCGGGGCCUCGGCGUACAGUGCAUUCUGAGCUUCGCGCGUCAUUCCGUCACUGUGCCUCAGGCGCCUUCCCAUGGCCCAGCGUUGAUCGACAAAUCUGCUUCGGCAUGGAGCAAAACAUCGACCAAGGGUUUUCCGGCGCGCUCAAGCGUUAGUGCCGGAGGCCCUUCAGGACUUGGCAGUCUGCCGUCGACUCGCAUCACGAUUGACUCCAUCCUAGACGCGGUAUGGAUCCCUAUGCGC